UCCCGGUGACGUAUGCGCACAAACUACUUUAACAAGCCGCGGUGCCGGAGCACUUCACCGAGCACUCUGAGGGGACUGCGCACGCGAGUUUAACGGGGUAACGAUUGUUUUCUCCCUCCUGAACGCCGGCAAACGUUUACCCAGAAAGAGGCGCCUUCUCAGCUGCUCCAACUGACUGAGCCGUGACCGCUCCAGAUUUUUCGGGCUCGCACGCUCGCGCCGCUCCGAAGCUUCCAGCUUUGCCGCCACGCGCCGAAGGGGACCGCGCGCAACAGCUUCUUUAGCGCGUGAAACAACACCGAGUCAAUGGCCGGCCGCGCACACAGCAGCGACAUGUGGAUUCUGGUUCUGGUUCUGGGCGCGUGCGUGUCUCAAGUGGUGGGAACGGAGUGCGGGAAGGAGUGCGCACUGUGCGUUUACCGUCUGCUGGGACAGCAGUCUGGUUUCUCCUCCCUGACCUGCUCACUGGAGUGCAAGGGUGGGUUGGACACCCAGAAGCUCCGCCUGUGCCAGGACUUCCUGUUAGAGGAAGAAGACAACAUUCCUCUGAAUGCCGACUCCCGUCAGCCACAGGACCAGGAGGGAUCGGACGAAGCGACGGCUGACGACGGCGACUCCCCAUCACCACAGCACCUGCUGGCCAAGAAGUACGGUGGCUUUAUGAAGCGCUACGGCGGCUUCAUGUCUCGCCGCUCCCCCUCUCAGGAGGGGCUACUAGAGGAUCCUGGAAACCAAGACGAAGAAGAGAACGUUCGCCUGGAGAUCUUAAAGAUUCUCAAUGCCGCGCCGGAGCAGGGCGGCGAAGGUCAGGGAGGGGAGGCAGUGAAGAGGUACGGGGGCUUCAUGCGCCGAGCCGGGGGAGGGGUGGCACAGGGCGAUCUGUUAGAGGCGGUGUUGGGCCGCGGCCUCAAGAAGCGCUACGGAGGGUUCAUGAGACGCGUGGGCAGGCCUGAGUGGCUGGUGGACAGCAGCAAGAGCGGGGGGGUGUUGAAACGGGCCUGGGAGAGCGGCAGCGAGUUACAGAAGAGGUACGGGGGGUUCAUGGACUAGACCGCGACAGCUAUAACCCUUCAUCCCCACGCAUCUCUCCAACCCCCUGUGUUCAGCCACCACCUUGUAAUCUGGACUCGCUCUCUCUGCUUUGUAUGAUGUGCUGCUGCUUACUUCAUUGGUUCAAUUGCUCCUGGAAUGAUAAAAAAAGAUAAAAUAUAUGUUGUUCAGAUGUGCACAAACUUCAUUUGGUUGGUUUAUUUUUCCUGAUGUAUUAUUUAUUAAACUAAUUUGUUGAUCAAGG